AUGGGAGACUUGAUCCAAUUGAAUGUCGGUCAAAAAGUGAAAAAAUGGAAAAUCGACAAGAAGCUUGGAGAAGGCGCAUUUGGAGCCGUCUACAAAUGUUCGAAUCCAAAAGGAGACUUGUUCGCUUUGAAAGUUGAGGGGAAAGAUGAGAAGAUUCAGUUGUUGAAGAUGGAAGUUUAUGUGUUGAAUGAGUUGAAAAAGGCGGGUGGACGUCAUUUCUGUAACAUUGAAGACAAGGGACAAGUGGACAAUUUCAAUUAUGUUGUCAUGACAUUUGUCGGAUUGUCGUUGGCUGAUUUGAGAGCAAAUGCACCGACUAAGAAGUUUUCGAUGGGAACCGCCAUUUCCGUAGGCCGCCAAUCUCUUGAAGCUCUCGAAGAUAUGCAUAACAUUGGUUAUCUUCAUCGUGACGUCAAACCUGGAAACUACACAAUUGGUCGGGCUGAAGUGAAUGAGCUCCGCAAAGUUUAUGUUCUCGAUUUCGGAAUGGCUCGUAAGUUUGCUCACGAGGAUGGAACUAUCAAGAAGCCACGGAAUGUAGCUGGAUUCCGAGGAACUGUGAAGUAUGCUCCAGUCAGUUGUCAUGCUGGAAGAGAACUUUGUAGACAGGAUGAUUGUGAAACUUGGAUUUAUAUGCUGGUCGAAAUCACGAAAGGAUCUCUUCCAUGGCGUAACAUGACUGAAAUUGGACAAGUCGGACAAGAGAAACGAGCUAUUCGAACUGACCCGAUCGUUAAGAAGAAAAUGUUUGGAGGAUGUCCCCGUGAAUAUCUUGAAAUCCUUGAAACCAUUGACAAGGGAAAAUUCUUCGAUGAACCGAACUACGAAAGAAUGUAUUAUUUGUUGAGAGAGGCGAUGAAGAAUACGGGAUCAACUGAGUAUCCAUACGACUGGGAAGAAUAUUUGAAUAAGAAAAUGAAAGAAGAGCAAGAAAAGAAAAAGAAUGGAGUUUUGGAGCAAACUCAGAAGGUUAUUAAGAAGAAGGAAGUUGAGUUGGAAGCUGGAAAAUCAUUGAAAGAAGUCAAGGAACCAAAGGAGAAGAAGGAAGAGAAAAAGGAAGAAGAGAAGCCGAAAGAAGAGAAGAAAGUGGAGAGAUAUGAAGAUGAUAAGAAAGAGGAAUUGUAUUGA